AUGGAAUAUGAGAUGUAUCUAGGGAUAAUUCUUAUAUUUUGACUCCAUACGAUAUUCGGCAUCAUAACAUUUGACAAUGUGUUGAGCCGAAAAAUUUUAUCCUUCAAAGAAAGAAACAAUAAAAGUGAGUUAAAGAGAAAUAAAGAUAUUUUCAAAAUAAUCUGGAUUUAUUUUUUAAUCCUUAUUGUUCUAGCCACAAUUCCUAUUUCGAAGGCCAUCAACUGAUAG